AUGAUAUUUCAUCAGAAAGUUGGCAAUGAAAGUUAUUUUAUCGAUAGUGUCACACACAACAGCUUUAUGUUGUUUAUUAUUUUACGUGAAUAUGUUUGUUCAUUAAUGAUGUCAGAUAAUACUACUGAUCAAGUACAAUGUACUAUCAGCUCAAAAGAUACAAUCUCUUUAUACAUGUUAAUGUAUGAAAUGUUAAAAGAAAAUAUUGGUAAUCCUUUCGAUAUAUUGAAAUCUGAUUCAUCAAAUGUACAUAUUCCUGACUAUUUAAAACCAUUCAUUCAAGGCCGAAUUGAACGAUUACGAAAUUAUUAUGAAGCUGUUGCAUAUACAAAUUUAUGGACAUUUAAAAGUUUAAUCUUCGCAAAACCAUUACGUCUUGGCAAUCAGCUAGAUGAUGAUGAUGAUGAUGACGAUUAUGAUAUGGACAUCGCUGAUAUUGAAGCUCAUAUUAGUGAUCAAAGUAAUAGUGGUAGAAGAAAAUUUUUCUUAACAAAAGAUAGUGUUUUUGGUUUAUUUGUACGUAGAUUUGCACUAGGACUUUAUGCACAAAGUUUUGAAAAAAUGAUACAAUUUUUUGAUUCAUUUUUUGAUGCUUAUGAUCAUGAAAUGAAUAUGGCAUCAAAUGUUGACAGUACAAAUUUGAUUGUAGAAAGAUUUGCUGAUUCAUUCAGUAGAGAUCAAUAUUUAAUAUCAACUCGUAAUCAAGCAUUAGAAGUUUGUUCAGAAAUUAUUGAUUCCAUCGGGAAAAUUGGUGGACGGCCUAAUUUAAAUUUACAAAAAUACAAUGAACUAUUAUUGUUAGCCAAAAGAAAGUAUCCUGAUGUAUCAUUUACGCAUUAUGCUUCACAUAUUUAUGCUUUACAUAAACGAAAUUUCACUCUGGCUGAAAAUGAAUUACAUGCUUAUUUUGAAACAUGUAUGGGAUCGGUACAAAAUGCAGAAUUAUCAUUAUCAUCAUCAUCAUUGUUAACAUCAAUUUCAUCUGGAGUUGGCACUACAACUACUACAACGAUAACUACAACCACCGCGACAACCACAACAACAACUGCAUCAAGUACAUCGUCAUUGUUAACUACACCUAUGAUGAAUUCUAGUAAUAUUUGUGCUCAUAUGGCAGUGACUGGUGCUGGUAUGCAUUUAAAUUUUGGUCAUUGGUAUAGAGGAAAAUGUUUAAUUAAAGAAGCACUUCAAAAGUCUUUAGAAAGUGAAUCAAAAGAUUCACUUGGUCAUGUUAAAGUUACACAUAAUUUAUUAAAUGCCAAUAAUGAUCCAUUUCGUUAUGAUGAUCAAGUACCAAUGAAACAAUCAUUCAAAUUAAAUGAUGUUACAUUAACUGAAUUUCGUACAACAUUUUGGAGUGAAUUAGAUAAAGGAUCAGAACCGCAUAAAUUACUAACUAUGUAUUUCAAUUCAGCGAAUACAAUAUGUCAAGCGUAUUUUACUAUAUGCCAGUUGGAUUUAGCUACAAUGUGGCAAUUUUAUGGUUAUCCAAAUUUAGCUACUGUCCUCAUGCAAUGUAUCAUUAGCGCGGAUUGUUUAAAACCAUGUUGUCAAUCGGAUAGUGUAUUGGCUAAUGCUUUUGCAAAUAUUAUUAAAGAAUUUAAUUCGAUGGGAUUAAUUGAGACAGCGCUGAAAUUGUCUAAAAUUUGUCGAUCUACAUUGUGCCGUUUUCCAAAUCAAUCAGUUCUAUUACAAGCAAGUAUGGAAAUUGAACUGGAACAAAAUUUACGAUCUGGUCAUGAUUUAGGUCAAUGUGAUCGUUUAGUAAAUUCAUUACGACUAUUUUGUCCAUGGGAAGCUGCUUUAAGGCAAGCUGAAGUUGAAUUGAAACGUGGCAAUGUAUCGUAUAGUCAUGAUAUAUUACGUUAUAUUAUUGAUAAUAUCAUUGUAAAACGUGAUCAUGACUAUGGUUUAUUGUUACAACAUAAUGGAUCAAUGAACACUACCACUACUACUACUACUACUACUACUAAUCAUCAUCGUUCCAAUGAAUUAUGCAAUCAAACGCAACCAUUUUCACAUUUACUCUUACCAACAUUUCCUGAACAUAAUCUACCUGUAGGUGGUAUGUGUAAAUUGGCGUUGAUUGAAUUACGUGCACAUUUAGCUUUAAUUGAAUUAUUGAUCACAUUGAAAUUAUAUGUGUACGCUUUGAAUGAAAUCAAUGUCACAUUGAAAUUAUGUGAACAAUAUCGAUUAAAUUUAGGCAUUGAAAUGAUUCAACUAUUCCAAUGUACUAUUUAUUUAUCAAUGAAUAAUCAAAAAAGGAUCAAUAAUACUACUUAUACUACUACUAAUACUACUGAUAACAGUCAUCAUCAUCAUCAUGACCAUCACUCACUAGCAGCCAAUGGUGUUAUUGUUGAUUCAACAAUCUGUAAUGAAUGGAUCAAUCAAUUGAAACAAGCCCGACCCAGUGUGAUUUAUGCCAUGAAUACAAAUCUUAGUGAAAUAUUACAUCGUACUGAUCAAUUAACAAAAUAUCGUUGUCAAAUAUUUCAUAGUCGUAUACGUUUAUUAAUUCAUGUGAAUGAGAAUAAUAAGCCGUUUAUUCAUAUGCAUAUGACAGAAUUAUUAAAAGCACUCAAUUAUUAUCGUCAAUUAGAUGAUAGAAAACGUGUACUUGAUGUCUUAGUAUUAAUGGUAAGUGUGUUUUCUGUAAUUGUAUUGCGCAGAGAUCAUUUUCAUCAUGAAAAGAAAAAAUUCUUAAUUUCUCAUUGA